UUUACCUUGCACAGGUGUCCUGUGAGCAGAGGGGUAACUGCAGCCCCCUGGUCUGUCCCCAGCUGGCAAGAAGCUGGCAUGGACCUGGGGCCGGAUUUUGUGCAAGCUGCCAUCGUCCCUCUGGCUUGGCAGUGAUUUGUGCAAACUCCCUGGGGACCUGAACUUCAAACAAAAGCAGGAAGCAUUAUAAAGGAUUAAAAAUACCUAUGCAUUUGAUGCUAUUUUACAAUAGUAGUAUUUUAACAAUACAAACUUAAUUUGUUUGCCAAAGGGAAAAUGUGAUUGAAAUAGCUCUGGGAAGGGGUUAAUCUAGGCUGGCUCUGCUGGGUGCUCUGGUUUACAAGCGUCAGAACAGCACCCACAGACCCUGUCAGGGUCAGCAGGCCUGGCAGUGCCAGCGCUCCUGGAAGCCAGGCAGGUACUUGCUGACAGUUUAAGCAAGCAAGUUCAUGCAUUUAAGGGCUGAUGGGCUUAAAUGAGCCCAGACAUCUCAACCUUCCCCUACAAAACCCAAAACUGGGAACCACAGGGUGAGUCGCUGUGGGGAGCACCACCCAACCGUGUCCUGUGAACGUUUUUUUCCUUGAAGCUACUCUGUUUGCUGCAUAUUGUGGGGAUAAAAAAGAAAAGGGUAGUUGAGACCUGAGUUUCUCAUCUGCUAACCCUUGCUGAGUAUGUGCUUUCAGGGAGCAUCCCAUGGGGUGGGAUAAUGAGCACUUAGAGUUUUAUCCUGUUGUUUCCCACUUGGGAAGUAAAGUUGGCCCAAGCCUGCUGUCCUCACUGGGGUGGGCUCUGAAGGGGGGCCCAGGCCAGCCUGCAGUGCUCAGAGACCAUGAACCCUGUUUCUGGCUGACCCAAUCCCAUUCAGCUGCUUUAACACUAUUAACUUUGCCCUUCUGCCUCCCUUCCUGUGCUCAGGCCAUACUCUUCAGCUUUUCCAAGCAACCACCACAGCUAAAAAUGCACUCUUGCUGUCUAAGAGAUUCAGGAUCCUUCUUAAUGGCUCCAAAGGCUUUAAACAAAUCAUAAAAUGAAAGGAGCUGAACACGUGAGAUCUCACAUAAGGCCUUUGCCUGGUUUGACAUUUUGGCAAACGUGUAUUAGAGCGAGUAUUAAAAGCAGCUAAAAGUAGAAAAGCAGGGUCCGAGCAGUCAAGGUGAUUGUCAGAGAAAAUGCUGAGUUCCCAGGAAGGAAGCAGGACCGUGUCACUUGGCUGCUCGAGCCCUGCUGGGUGGAAGGGGGCUGAUACGAUGGCAGAUAAGAUAGUAGAGCUGUUGUGCUGUUCACACUCAGAAUAACCAGUUAUGCUUCAGAGCCUCAUAUUCUACAAAACUGUGCAGUUGUGUUCCUCUCUGUGUUAUGCUUUCUGCCUCGCUGCUCCAUACUUGCUUCAUGGUUUUCAACUCUUUCCCUGCUUUGAGGAUCUCUGGAUGCACAGGUUUUCAUUUCAGUGAGACCUGUGAUGCUGAGAUAAUGCUGUGACUCUGAGACCUGGGGCUUCCAAAGCAAGCGGGAACGCCAUGAAUUUCAGAGAAAGAGUAAGAGACUUGGCCCAUGCUCCAGUGCUGGUCUAGGAAGGGGAAGGUUUGCUUCUAAAAAUCCCUUGUUUGGUCAUGAGAGGGCUGAAAAAAUAUGUCAUGGUGGUGGUUUUGUUUGUGCAGAAAUCUCAAAGAUGGAUGCAACGCAUUUUGGAAGAUGGAUAAAAAUGGUCUGAUGCUCUGAACCUCAGCCUUCUUUCCAGUUGGUUAUUCUUCUGCAUUGUAGUUCACAGGGAAGGUUGAUCAAAAUGUACUUUUCCCUUUUUAUAUCAGAUGUGUAAAUGCAGUUUCUACAAACUGGAGUCACAGUUAUAAAACGUUUUUAUUUCCAAACUGUAACAUCUCAUCACAGGCAAGGACCACUGUCAUUAUGCUGCUGCUUUCUACUCUAGGCCUUGUGUUGCACUAUCAGUAAAAAAUGGAUAUGUGGGGCUGUUUUCUGUUCAGAGCUUCUGCUUGCAAAGAGGUUUUUUCCCCCACAGUUUGAGAAAUCUGUCUCAGCUUUUUGAAUACCAGUGCAGCAGUACUAGAAAAUUCCCUUGCAUUUUUAUUACUCAGGGUAGCAAAACCUCACUGUAGGAAAAAAGGCCUUUUUUGCCCCCAAAGCUUUGAUCUGGCAUCUUUAACUCUUGAAAAGCAUCACUUAGGUUCUUAGGAUUGAUCAAAGAAAACUGUGUAAAACAACUGGCCAACAGAUUUUCCUUGGUUUUUGUGUUCAAAUUCAAAAUUGGGUGAAAUUUCAAGUUUGAUUUUUUUUUUUUACCUCCUCUGUGGUCCUGUUGCAUUGGUUUGGUUUGUUAAAUAGAUCCUAAUGUGUGUCUGUGUCUCUUCUGUUUGUCUGCUGCAGUUCCAAAGCUGUGGAGCUGCAUCCCAGAAGAACUCCUUGUGCAAACCUUCUGUUCUCUUCUGGAGGUGGAUGCCCAGUGCCCCGGGGUGCAGACCAUGGGCUGCAGCUGAUCCUCCCCGCUCUGGUGGCCCCUGCACAGAGCUCGGAAUGGCACCAGCUUCCACGUGUUCGACCAAGGACGCUUUGCCAAGGAGGUGCUGCCCAAGUACUUCAAGCACAACAACAUGGCCAGCUUUGUGCGGCAGCUGAACAUGUAUGGCUUCAGGAAGGUGGUGAACAUCGAGCAGGGGGGGCUCGUCAAGCCCGAGCGGGACGACACCGAGUUCCAGCACCUCUGCUUCCUGCAGGGCCACGAGCACCUCCUGGAGCACAUCAAGAGGAAGGUGUCAGUAGUGAAAAGUGAGGAGACCAAGAUGCGGCAGGAGGACCUCAGCAGGUUGCUAUACGAGGUACAGAUACUGAGGAGUCAGCAGGAGAACAUGGAGUGUCAAGUGCAGGACAUGAAGCAGCAAAACGAAGUCCUUUGGCGGGAGGUUGUUUCUCUCCGGCAGAACCACUCCCAGCAACAGAAAGUGAUCAACAAGCUGAUUCAGUUUCUGUUUGGCCAGCUGCAAUCCAGCCCCAGCAGCACUGGGAUAAAGAGGAAGCUACCUCUGAUGCUUGACAAUGGGAUCUCAACUCCCCCAGUGUCCAAGUUCAGCCGGCACUUGUCUGCAGACCCCCUGCACGACCCCUAUUUCAUACAGUCGCCAUCAACAGAACCUGCCUCUUGCUUAAACAGCCCUGGAAUUGCUGGAGGACCCAUCAUAUCUGACGUUACUGAAGCAUCACCAUCCAACAUAAUAAAUAUGCAGCCCCCUCCUGAAAAUGACAGGGAGAAGUGCCUGAUGCUGAUCAAGGAGGAGCCCGUGAGCCCUGGCGUGAAGGGCACGGCCGAGCCCGACGUGCCCCUGCCCGGCUGCCGGGCCUGCCCCGAGCCCCCGGUGCUGCCUGUUGCCAUGGUCCAGUCUGUCCUGGAGGGCAAGGGGGGCUGUGCUGCAGCCCCGGGGACCUCCCAGCCGCCAGAGAGGAGGGGCAGAAGGGCUCUGCUGGACAGAACAGAUAUUUCAGACCCAUUGGAGGGCACUGACUGGAGCCUGGAGGGGCUGCAGCUGCUGCUGAGGAGCCAGCAGUACGGCCUGGAGCCUGCCAGCCUGCUGGAUGUCUUUAAUCCCAAUUUAUCUCUGAGUGAGUGGAAUAUGACUGAAAUGGAGGCCAGUCUGUCCCCGAUGCAGCGACUCACAGUGGAUCUGGAGAAGAAUGCAACUGAGCUGCCCCCAAAAGUGUUCAACGCCCCGUUUAACAGCACCUGCCCAGGGAAAGAUGUCAUCCUGGAGAGUGCCCAGCAGUUCCUCAUCGACCGUCAGUCCAUCUUUGGAAACGACCUCCUCAGCUUGCCUGAGAGUUCAUCCCUUUAUGUUCCACCUGAAAAUGUGGCUUCCUACCUGUCCUCUGUGGGGGUCCAGGGGGACAUCCCUUUAAACCUAAGCUCUUCAACAGACAACAGCCAGUGAUUUUGCUUCCAAGAACCAACAUCUCCCUCCCACCCAUCCAAGCAUCCACAGGUUUGAAUGUAAAGAAACCAAAGUGACUCAGAAACCCACUAGAGAGUUUCUUUUUGUGCCCUUUUUUUGGAGUAGAUGGAAAUGGUUGGUAGCUGUUGCAUUGCUCUCCCUGCACCUGGUUUUCAGUGUUUUUUAAAACAAAAUACUGUUUCUGGUGCUUGCUCCUAGGGGGAGUGAAAACUUGGCAGGAUUUUUUUUUCUUGAAAAUGCUUUUAGAAAUUUCAAAACUUCUAACAAAAUUUAAGUGAAAAGUAGCUUGAAAGUCCUUUAUGAAGUCUGGGACUUCAUAAAAUAGUGAUCUUGACUAGUGUCUGCUACGGCAAACUGUGGGAUUUUACAGGGGCAGCACAGAUUAGCUAAGAUGCCUGACCCUUCUCCAUGCUCUUCUUGAAAUAGGAAAAUAAUCUAAUGCUCUACAAAUAUUUUUUAUCCAUUUUCUGGGUUUGAUGGGAUGCACCUGUGCCUUUCCCUUGUCCUCCUAGGGUGAGUAGGAAACAGAUCUCUCAGGGUGUGCAGAAGAUAAUUUUCUGAGUGACCCCCCAGGACGUGUCUCUGGCUCUCAGGGGAGCCACAGGCCAUCACAGGCCACAAAACAUCCCACGCUGAGUUGAGAGCGUUUGUUGUUUGGGAUUUGUUUUGCCCCAAAUUUCUUUUCUCUUAGAGAAAGGCAGGGCACUCCAUACUUAAAAACAUAAAAAAGGGAUAGACUCUUCUGCACACGCAGUUCUUCAUGUGCAGAGGGGACUGAGGGAGCACACUCUGGGGUUUGGUGCUGGCUAAGUAUUCCAUGUCCAGUCCAAUGGUUUUUUUUCCCUUGGCUUUGACCUGUUCUAUUUCCUCUGAAGAUGUGCCCGUUGGUUUAUUGAUGUAUAAAAUCUGAUUAAAGAGUUCAAUUGAUUGGAUCCCCCUUUUAGAAGGACUCUCAGCUGCUCAGUGUAGGAGAGAAGCAGAAGGGUUAGUCCACCAUGUCCCACAAACUUUUCUUCUGUCCUUUGUGCAUCUGAGACCAGCCUCAAAGGCUGAACUAAUCUUCCCCUUCCAUGUGGUUUCUGACGACUGAGUUUCUCAACAAAGCAGAGCUUUGUUUUUUAUGCUGUAGUUCUAAUGAGAACAUAUUAUUUAUCUCAAUAUCCUCUACCUGAGUUGCUUUUCCUUAGGAAAGCUACUCAAAUGCAGUAGAACAGAUCCAGGAAAUUCAAUUAACUCAGGCCUCCUAAGGGCUUAGACAGGGAGGUGUAAGCUGUGCCAGUGUCAUUUGAAGAAAUGCUCUGUCCCCUUUCAUUGCCAUGACAGCUCUUGGUUAUAAACCAGAUUUCUGAGCAUCUUGGUCAAGCAGCAUCCACACCAAAAUGCAGUCAAUCAAUCAGAUGAGUGCAGGCUCAAAAUAACAAUAAGAUGAGCAUAUUUUAAAUGGACCUUCCUGUCACAGCCCUUUCCUCCAUCCAUUUAUCAUUAUGUGAACAGAUGUGUUAGUUCAGAAACGUUCACUUUUGAGCACAUUUUCCCCCAGCUGACUCCUGUGUGCUGGGAGCUCUGUCACUGCCUUGGUGGUGCAGUCUGUGCAGGAGCAGGGUGUGAGAGCUUCUGAAUUAAUCCCAGCCACCGUUUUUGUGUUCAGGACUAAGGGAAAAUUCUGGCAGCCCCCAUUGGCCUGGUAUUUAGAUGAUGUGCUUGAGUGUAUCCUGGAAAAGGUUUUCCUUUUCAAGGGAUUUGUGCUCAGAAAGUUCACCUAGAUCAGCCCAUUUGCCACUAUUUUGCCAUUUCCAGUGAUGGAAAGUCGUUGAGUUGCACUCUGAUUAAUUCUUUUCUCAUAGAUAAUUGAAGGCUGUCUGGUGUCUGCUGACACCCAGCAGUGUGUGUUCAAGAUUCACAUCCUUCUCUGAGCUCCCACACUCUCGGCUGCUGAAAUGUUAACACUGAAUGUAUUGAUCCAACAAGGUAUUGAAGCACAUGCUUAACUUCAAGCUCCUGAAGCCUUUUUCCGAAGCCUGUGGCAUGCUUGAGGUUGGGUGUGGGUUCAGUGCCCUCCUGGUUGGGGCUGAGCAAUGACCCACCUCGGGGAGCUGCCUGUGCAGGGCCGGCUCAGCUCGGCCCAGGGCCCGACACUGUCCCGGGCUGCGGCGUCUGUGCAGGGGCAGCCUGAGCUCGUGGGGAGCAGCCUCUCGGGAGGGUCCUUGGGGUUUUCUUUAGGCUUUUUGCUCUACUAUAAACAUGGGAUUGGAGCUUGACAGGGAGAGAGGAACCUCCAGGAAGAGAACUUGGGAGCCACUCCUGUGAAGAGCCAAGCUCGUGUUCCUCGGCUUUUUACACUGUUAAUUUUACUCGAAGGUGACGUGCUGAGACUGCGUUUUGCACUAUGCUGUACAUUUGUAAAGUUUUACAGAGAACACUAAUUAAACAUGUUUCCUUUUUCUCA